CUUUAGGCUCCAACGGGAUUUAGGGUGUAUGUGAAAGAUAAAUGCAUUGUGAUUGAAGAUAUUGAUUUGGAUAUUUACUUCACCAAAGAUUUGUUCGAGGAUGUCAUUUCCAAAGCCAAAGAACAGAAUAUAAGUCUUCCUAGGUUUGUUGGUUUUAGAUAUCAUCUUCCUUGGAAAGAAAUUCAGAAAGAGGCACUAGCUUCUGAUAGAGAUUGGAUUAAGAUGGUUGAGGUUUGGGGGGGAGUUCCUUGUAAUUUCAUUCCCUUAUUUGUAGUUGAGUUAGAAGAGCCUAGUGCAUUACAAAAAAUGGCAGAGGAACUUCAUGUUACUGCCCAAACUUUUAAGGACCCAAGCAGUAGUGAUGCUGAGCUUUGGGCUGACAAUUUGCUUGUGACACCAACAAAUUAUAGUCAGACUUUUGAAAGUGAAGAUCAUGGGGGUAAUAAAUCUAAAUUAAAUGUGAGAAGGCAAAUGAGCAGGACAUUUGAAGUGUUGCUCCAACCAUCUGUUUUAGACCCCCCUCAGGUUCCAUCCAUUACUAUUUCCUCUCCACACCUCUCACCCACAAGUACAGAACCUAAUACAAUGAUUAGAGAGGCGGUUGAGAAUGAUGGCAGUUCUAAAAAGAAGAAAAAGAAGCUUGUGGGGGGAGGUAGUAAAGUACUUGAGAGGACUGAGUUGAAUGUCAAACUUUUGGGUAAAGAACUAAACGGUUUAGAAGCUUAUGACAUUCCUGCCUUGAGCAACCCCCAAGUUCCUCCCCAUGUUCCUCCCCUAGAUCUUUUUUUUGAGGAACCUGUGCUCCCUUCUCAGGGGGUAAUUGAUGAUGAUAAAGCUUCAUCUGAAGAUGAAGAAGAAGACUGUGAUUUUACAGGGAGUGAGGAGGAGUGUUUGAGUAGUGAGGCAGUUUCCUUGGAUGAAGAGUCAGAAAUGGAGGAUGAGUUUGAUCUUGAUGCUGUCACUGCCCAUAAAAUGAUGCUGGGUAAUGAGGAAGAAAAUGAAGAUGGGAGUGGCAAUCAGUCUAUUCUUGAGAAAAUGGCUAAGGUGUUUAUGACUGGAAGGCUAUGGGUGAGAAGUGCUCAUGGAAAAGUUGAGCUAAAGCAAGGUGACAUAUUCAGUUGCAAAAAAGAUUUUCUUAGGGUCAUGAAGGACUAUGUUAUUCAAAAGGGAAUUUCUCUUAGAAAAAUAAAAAAUGACAAGAGAAGAUACACUCAAGUAUGUAUGAAUAAGGACUGCAAAUUUAAGAUUCAUGCAUCUGUUCUAGUUGAUGGCCACUCUUGGAUGAUUAAAAGCAUAUGUGAGGAUCAUAUUUGUUCAGUGAAAGAGAAGCAUAACAGGGCUGGAGCAGCUUGGGUUGCAACUCACCUUCUAGAAGACUUCAAAAAUAAUAAACAGAUGAGUGUAGUUACUGCCCAGAAAAUUAUUUUGAAGAAGUUCAGCACUCGCAUACCUGAUUAUACUUGCUGGAGGGCUCUUAGGGUCAUGAGGGGUAUGGUUGAAGGUAGGCAUGAAGAUGGAUACAAGAUGUUACCACAAUACAUGGAGGUUUUUAAAGAAAAAAUCCAGAUUCCUAUUGCUUCAUUAGGUGGCAGGAGAUUGGUCCAGGGAGAAACCCAAUUUUUAAGAGGUGUCAAAUCUGGUCCAUAUGAGGGAGUGCUUUUGACUGCUAUGGCCUUAGAUGGAAACAAUGGUCAAUUUCCCUUGGCAUAUGGUGUUGCUGAUUGUGAAGAUGAAACAGAGUGGUCUUUCUUCCUACAUGGACUAGCUGUGGCACUUGGCUGCACAUCAGAUGCAUCCCCAUACACAAUAAUAUCUGACAGGCACAAGGCAAUAAUUAAAGGACUGAGGAAUACUCUGCCUAAAGCUAAAAGAAGGAUUUGUGUGCUACACUUUUAUAAGAACUUUGCUUCAAAGUUCUCAGGUGCAUGGUUCCAUUCAUUCUUCUACAUUGUGGCAAAUACUUUCUCAGAAUAUGUAUUUAAAAAAGCAAUGGAAAAAAUAAAAGAGGAGGAUGCAGAUGCCUAUGACUGGCUCAUGGACAAUGAACCACAUGAACAUUGGGCCAGACACAAAUUUGAUCCUGCAUUGAAGUGUGAUGACAACACAAACAACUUUGUGGAGUCAUUCAAUAAGGCCAUAAUAUCACACAGAGCCAAGCCAACCUUGCAAAUGCUAGAGGAGAUCAGGAAAUUAAUAGGGAAUAGAUUUGAAAAAAGGUUUGACUUAGGCAGGAGUUGGUGUACUACAAUAACACCUUAUGUAGACAACAAGUUAAGGGUGCUAGCAAUGGAGUCUAGAGUAUGUUCUGAGGUUGUAGGAGCUGGUAGAGGUGAAUUUGAUGUGGUUGAUGGGAACACCAACUUCACAGUGAGGCUGAGAGACCAUCACUGUGACUGUAAUAAGUGGCAAGUGAAAGGCCUUCAUUGUAAGGAUGCUAUUAGAUGCAUACUGAGGAUGAAUGAGAACCUUGAAAACUACUGUGAAGAUUGGUUUUCAGUUGAGAAGUACAGGAGGCUUUAUGAUCGUAUAAUACAUCCUAUCCCAGACCCUUGUAUGUGGGGUGAGAGCUCACUUCCUAAACUUGAUCCUCCCAAGACGUUUAAAAAGAAGGGGCGGCCAAAGAAGCACAAAAGAAGAGAUGGAAUUGAUGAUAUAAUUGCCAAAAAGAAGAGGAUGCCUCAUGGGACCAAACACUGCAGUCAAUGCAAGCAGUUGGGACACAAUCAUAGGACCUGUGGGCAAAUGAGAGAUGAAGGAGGGAGGUUGCUGAAGAAGAAACAAAAUAAGAAGAAAAAAUCAACAACAGAAGUGUAGUUUGCUGAAGAGGGAGGUUGCUGAAGAAGAAACAAAUAGUAGUAACCUCUGGCACCGUGGUAACAUAUGUAGUAGUUUUUUGGCAUUUUGGUAUUAAACAACAGUUGGCCUG